UUAGAAUGGGCAGAUAGCGGCUAAGCUAAACUGCGCGUAUACGAGUUAAUUCGAUUAGCUACACUUAACAGAACAACUACAUGCUCAAAAUAUGUGGGAUAUUUAUGUUAAAAACAUGAACUAAAUGGGUCUUCGUUGACAGUGUUCGUUGUUUAGCGCGUAACGUUAUCAUGUCCAAUUGAUUCUAAAUGAGUAGAACUCGUGAGCAGCAUGAAUGGAGCCCCUUCUUCAUUAUUUAAAUGAGGACCAGCCUCAGUUUGCAUCGUCACUAGAAGGUCUCGGAGUGUAGCUGACAGGAAGUGGAGAGUUGACUGCUAACCCGUUCGAGUCGUUAACUAAUGUGUUAACCCAGCUGGUAACAACGAUAGUAUGACAAUGCAGUUCCUAGGCCGGCUGUUGGACACAGUGUCCUCUGUGUCAACCCUCUUCACCAACCCCUACCGGGUAAGGGAUGUCCCGUUGUCCGACUACAGUGGAGGAGGCAAAGUCCUGCUGAAAGAGGAGGGACGCAUAAUCCUGUACAAAAACACCCAGUGCCAGUCAUUGGACUGUCUGCUUAUGUGCCCUGAGAUGCCUAAUAUGACUCUAAGGCUGUUUCAGGUGGCGUCAGAGGCGGACGCCAUGAACUGGUUCCCCCAAUAUGCCCUCAAGCUCCGCCCCUUCUAUGAGACACUGCCUCUGAAGGCUGAGACCACCCAGCCAAUCGUGGACUGCAUCCGCAACCACCCGGACUGGAGUUCUGCCCACAUCGCCGUGGAGACAGGCCUGAGAGAGGUUCUCAAACAUAACUAUGUCCAGAGUCAGAUCAAUGCCCGGGACGCUUCAGGUCAGACGCCGCUGCACCUGGCAUGUGAGCGCGGCGACGUGGCGUGUGUGAAGGAGCUGUUGGAGGAAAGCCAGGCUCGCACCGACAUCAGAGACCGCAGCGGAGAGACGCCCAUGCACUGUGCCGCCAAGCAGGAUACUCCCGCCAUCAUCCAGGUCAUGUGCUCGCGGAUGUGCUCUGGGGUGAAUGAGCUGAACGACAACGGGGAGACGCCACUCCAUGUGGCCUGCCGUCUGGGACGCGUGGAGUCCGUCAAAGCUCUGUUGGGCGGCGGGGCCAAGUGUGGCGUGGUCGGUGGUGCUGGCUACCCCAUCCACAGUGCCAUGAAGUACAGCGAGAAAGGCUGUGUGGAGGAGAUCCUCAAAGCGGACCCAGGCCAGCUCCAGGCUGAGGACUCCUUGUAUGGAGGGACGCCUCUCCACUGGUCCAAAACUGCUGAGAUGUGUCGUCUGCUGCUGGAACAUGGCUGUGAAGUGAACUACCUCAGUAAGACCGGAGAGAGCGCCCUUCAUAUUCUGACCAAGAAGGGCCGCUUUGAGGCGGCCAUGGUGCUGCUCACCCACGGAGCGAACGCCAACCUGAAGGGCCAGGAUGGGAACACAGCCCUCCACCUCGCUAUGAAGAUGGACCACAUGGAGUUGAUCAAAGCUCUGAUUGUGUUCGGGGCUGAUGUGGAGAUCCACAACGACCUGGGAGAAACACCUGGACUCAUCGCUGCUCGCACCAGCAAAGGUCCUAAUAGAAAGAUACUGCUGGACAUGCUGUGUAGUGUAGGGGUCCAGCGGUGCCUCCCACCCUCCCCCGGCAGUCCUCCCCCCUUCUCCGGCAAGGCCAAGCCUCCAGGCAUAGGAUUCCAGGACAUCAUGUAUAUGGGAGCUGCAUUCGGUGCAAUUAGCAGAAGCAAAUCUGAAGUGGAUGGCCCCAAAAUGGAGAAAAGACAGAUGGACAGACUGCUAUGUCUGGAUGGUGGAGGUAUUAAAGGCCUGGUGUUGAUCCAGAUGUUGAUCGCUCUGGAGAGAGAGGCCGGUCAGCCAACCAGAGAGCUCUUUGACUGGGUGGCUGGCACCAGCACUGGAGGCAUCCUGGCCCUCGCUAUAAUCCAUGGUAAGUCCAUGGAGUACCUGCGCUGUCUGUACUUUAGGAUGAAGGAGCAGGUGUUUAAGGGGUCCCGACCUUAUGAAUCAGCACCACUGGAGGACUUCCUAAAGAAAGAGUUUGGAGAGAACACCAAGAUGACAGAUGUUAAAUACCCCAGGGUGAUGGUGACCAGUGUUCUAGCAGACAGACAUCCAGGCGAGCUGCACAUCUUCAGAAACUAUGACCCUCCCUCCGUCCAAAGAGUGCCCCCAUAUGCUACCACUGCCACCUUCAAGCCCCUUAUCACUCCACAAGGAUGGGAGGAUGAGGAUGUGUUGAUAGUAGGAUACAGAGAGGAGCCGACCAAAAAGCGUAGGAAGGUGACAUAUGAAGAACAACUUGUGUGGCGAGCUGCCCGCUCCAGCGGCGCCGCCCCCACUUACUUCCGACCAAUGGGCCGCUUUUUGGAUGGAGGGCUACUGGCCAAUAACCCGACGCUAGACGCCAUGUCAGAAGUCCAUCAGUACAAUAAAGCUUUAAAAGCAGAGGGCCAUGGAAAUGAAAUCAAGAAGUUGGGUAUAGUGGUCUCCCUUGGUACAGGUAAACCUCCUCAGGUGGUGGUGAACUCUGUGGAUGUUUUCCGCCCCUCCAACCCCCUGGAGCUGGCCAAGAGCAUCUUUGGAGCCAAGGAGCUGGGCAAGAUGCUGGUGGACUGUUGUACUGACUCUGAUGGCUGUGCAGUGGACAGAGCCGGAGCCUGGUGUGAAAUGAUCGACACCAUCUACCGCAGAUUGAGUCCCCAGCUGUCUCAAGAGGUGAUGCUAGAUGAGGUGAACGACGCCAUCCUGGUGGACAUGCUGUGGGAUACCCAAAUGUACCUGUAUGAGGAGAGGGAAACCCUUCAAUACCUGGCAAAGGCGCUGCUGGACAAAUAAAAGCACGAGAAAAUCACAAGGAGAGGCUGCGAAGAUGGGACCACGAGAGCUGAAGAGAUGCGGAGUACGAGAGCAAAUGAGCGUCCCGUGAGUGGAGUCAAAGCCAAAAGUGAUUGGACGAGGCCCAAAGAUUAAUGAGACGUGUGUCUGAUUCGAGAUUGUAACGUCCUUGUUGGUGUGCUCUUUCUUUCAAACUCCUCGAGGCGACUUGACCACAGUGAUUCUAAUAUUCACGCUGACAUGUCAAAAAGUUCACAGUAGCAAAUGUGUGAAUCAAGGCAGACAAUGAAAACUAACAGAAAAACAACUGACUUAACGUAGCCUACUGAAAGGCAAGUUAUGUGGGAUCAUGCAACCUUAUCACUAACCUUAUCACAAUUAUGGUUGGUUUAGUUUACUAUUUGUACAUAAACCAGUAAAGAAUAGUGUUCAGUUUUCAUUCCUUCGAUAUGUGACUACAGGGGUAAUGUAUGAGGAAGUGGCAUCAACCAAAUAAAACUAGAAGUAGCAUA